CCAUUUUUAUUUCGUCACUGAGUGGUACGUCGUAGUAGUAAACUGAGCAACGCGUCUGAGCAAUUCUUUUAUACUUGUAUUGGGAUUUUUGUAAUGAAAGUUUUAAUAUCAUUAAAUACAUCAUAACUUACUAAAAAUUAUUGAAUUGUUGUUGUUCGAUGUUAUACUGAUUCAUGUUUUAAUGAAUAUAGUAUAACAUAAUCAGUCAGAAUUAAUAUUUGGUCUUGUGUAUGAAAAGUCAUGCCACCAUCUAGUAAGGAGAGUGAAACCGAUAGUGAUUGCAGCAGUAAAAGUAAUAGCAGAUCAGCGAAGAAUGUUCAAUUUAAGAUUAGCAAGGAUGCUGAAUUGGCAGUACAGGGAUUGAAGCAACCGAAAUUAAUUCCAAUAAUAAAAGAUGGCCAACACUUGAAAAUAGUGAAGAUAGUCCAUUCGUCAGAAAAUUCUCAAUCUACACCACAUAAACCUGGAGAAAAUUCACAGAUUACAGGAUCCGUUGGUUCAAUGCAGACUAUCCUUCGUGCAAUUCUACAAACUACACAAAACAACACUGCAUUAUUGAAUUCACUCUCAGAAAAAGUAGAUGAGCAAAAAGAGAUGAUUUCCACCUUGACAGCUUCAAUAAAUCAGCGCCAAAACCCAGGACAUUCAGCAUCGAUGAGUGCCAAGCCUGAUUUUUUGCCUUUCUCAACUGUUGCAGAGAUAAAGGAGUACGAAGGAACAACAGAACAACGAAGGAAUCAAUUAAAAAAUUAUGUGAGCAGUUUCCGAGGAGGAAAAUCCAUAUCGGAUAAUAUCCGAUAUGUAUUGAAAAAUAAUUUUCUCAUGAAAGAUGAAUUGUUGAUUACAUAUAAUUAUAUUGAGUCAAGUAAGGGGAAACCCAAUACUAUAGCUGGCUCUACGCUCGAUCGUGAUUUACUGUCGGCUUUUCGAAGUAUGUAUCCGAACUUAACGGUUCAUCAAUACCAUGAAGCAUUCAAAGGCGCAAUGAAAGCAGCAGAUUCUCGUUUAAAAAAGAAAAAACCUGACUUGGUACUGUCUAAAAAAAGAAAGAAGACAGAUUUUACAGAAAAAUUUUACACUGAUUCGCAGGAAAAUCAACCUCCAACAAGCGAUUAAAAUCUACUUUUUUCUGUCUUUUAUUUUUUUAUUUUAUAUUUAUUAAAACUAUUGGUGUAAUUAAAAAUACUACUUAUCACUAUAAGUGAUAUUAAUGUGAAACAUCUAAUAUCACGAGCCAAAAAAAAUAAAUUUUGAAUUUUCAAACCUUGUAA